AUGGGAUCCCAUUCCUGUGUCUCACACAGGAGGUUGUACCUCCGAACCUCGCCAAACCCCAUGUUUGAGGGCAACAUCCUGACUCUGCAGUGCCAAGGAUGGCGGAAGGUAGCUCUGUCCCUGGCCAAGUUCUACAAAGAAGGGAAAUCACUCCAUGACCCAAAGGGCAAACGGUUUCUGCCCAUGGGGACAGCAACACUGGAAAGCAACAGCCAGUACAGCUGCACUGGGAAAGCAACCUUCCCCCCGCACCUAGGCACACAAAGGUCAGAUAUGACCACGUUUCAAGUCCAAGAGCUGUUCCCACCUCCAGUGCUGCGCGCCGUCCCUUGUCCCAAGCUCCAUGAGGGGAGCCUGCCGACCCUGAGAUGCCAAACGGAGCUGCAACCCCAGAGGUUGGCCUCGAGUCUCCUCUUCUCCUUCCACAAAGAUGGCUGCACCUCACAGAACCAGGCCCACUCAGAGCUCUGCCUCCCAGAAACCUGGGAGGGAGCCUCUGGGCUUUACUGGUAUCAGGCCACCACGGAGGAACAGGUCCAGAAACAGAGCCCCCAGCUGGAGGUGAGGGUACAAGCUCCUGUGUCCCAGCCUAUGCUCACCCUGAGACCCAGGUCCACAGACCUUGCUGUAGGGGACGCAGUGGAGCUCCUCUGUGAGACCCAGAAUGGCUCCCCUCUAAUCCUGUACUCAUUCCACUUGAACGGGAAGAUCCUGGGGAACCAGGGGGCUCCCCAUGGAAGAGCCACCCCCUUCCCCUUCACUGUGACGUCAGAGCAGGAUGCUGGGAACUACUCUUGCCAGGCCAAGAACGAUGUCUGCAAUGAGACAAGUGAGCCCAGGACGCUCUCCCUAGAUGGGAAGUCCGGGGCCUGGGUUGAGGUAGCUGAGUACCGUCGACAUUACCGAUCUACCACCACCACAAUUAUCCCUGUCAUCUCUGUCCCCACCACAAACACCACUGUGACCACCAUAAUGACGGUCUUCAACAUCGUCUCCCCCACACCACCCCUGCUGCCACCCUAA